CACGUGUACGGAUCCCGGAGGUCGGCGUUCCGGGCGAAAGAAUGAAGUUGCCGCAGACUUCUGGUGUAUGCUCAUGAUAUAACGAAAGGGAGGAGGCCUUCGUGCUGGUUUCUCCGGUACUAAAACUUCUAAUUCCUCUCUCUCUCUCUCUAUUAACCGUUCAUCGUUUUCCGAAUACAAGGAAGCCUAAUGGCGUCGGAUUCACUCGAUGAGCUGCGGUCGCUGAUGAAAUCUCACUCACCUCCUCUAGAUGCUCUUGUCGUCCCAUCGGAGGACAAUCAUCAGAGUGAGUAUGUAUCCGAUAGGGAUAAGAGGCGCGAAUUUAUCUCUGGAUUUACUGGGAGCGCUGGAUUGGCUCUUAUAACGAUGAAUGAGGCAUUACUGUGGACUGAUGGAAGGUACUUCUUGCAAGCAACACAACAGCUGAGUGAUCGAUGGAAACUCAUGCGCAUCGGGGAAGAUCCUGCUGUGGAGAAUUGGAUAGUUGAUAAUCUUCAGAGCGAUGCUGCUGUGGGAAUUGAUCCAUGGUGUGUAUCUGUAGAUACGGCCCAAAGAUGGACGCAAGCUUUCUCAAAAAGUAGGCAAAAACUAAUACAACUUUCUGUAAACUUGGUUGAUGAAGUUUGGAGAGACAGACCUGCAGCUGAAAUUCGACCAGUAACUUUACAACCAUUCAAAUUUGCUGGCUGUACUGUAGCUGAUAAGCUGAAAAAUCUAAGGGAAAAGCUUGUUCAGGAUAAGGCUUAUGGAAUUAUAGUCACUGCACUUGACGAGGUUGCUUGGCUUUAUAAUAUUCGGGGAAAUGAUGUAUCCUACAGUCCAGUUGUCCAUGCAUAUGCUAUUGUAACGACUGAUUUGGCUUUAUGCUAUGUGGACAAGAGGAAGGUGUCUUCUGAGGUGCAUAGUUCUUUGUCUGAAAAUGAUAUAGAAGUUCGUGAAUACAACACUGUUUCUUCUGAUGUGAGCUUGUUGGCAUCUGGGAAACUAAUUAGUUCGUUUGCUGCUAAAGCUUCUGAAGAAAAUGGAGAAAAUGUUGUUAACGCAGGACACAUUGAAGAUGGGUCUCAGGAAAAAAAACUAAUAUGGAUUGACCCAGCUUCAUGCUGCCUUGCUUUGUACUCAAAUUUGAAUUCAGAUCAAGUUCUUAUGCAGCAAUCACCAUUGGCCCUGGCAAAAGCUAUUAAGAUGCAAAAGGUUUAUGGAGCUGCUGGUUUCUUUACUGAACCAGAGGAAACACACAAAAGAAAGCAUCAGGAAACUGAAAAAUUGACAGAGGUUUCCGUGAGUGACAAAUUGGAGAGUUUUCGUGCUAAGAAAGAGCACUUUAAAGGAUUGAGUUUUCCAACCAUCUCAUCAGUUGGUCCAAAUGCUUCAAUCAUUCAUUAUAAACCAGAGGCUGGAACUUGUGCAGAGCUUGACGCUGAUAGCAUAUAUCUUUUUGAUUCGGGUGCACAGUAUCAAGAUGGAACAACUGACAUAACAAGGACUGUUCAUUUUGGCAAACCAUCCGCACAUGAGAAAGCAUGUUAUACUGCUGUACUUAAAGGCCAUAUUGCUUUGGGCAAUGCAGUAUUUCCUAAUGGGACAACUGGGCAUACUCUUGAUAUUCUUUCACGGAUUCCAUUGUGGAAAAAUGGCCUUGACUAUCGGCAUGGCACUGGUCAUGGGAUUGGAUCUUACCUUAAUGUUCAUGAAGGUGAGAAAAUCAUUAUUAUUCCAUUACGCACAGUGCUUUAUCUGCAUUCUGGGAACAAGCCUGGUUACUAUGAGGAUGGAAACUUUGGUAUAAGAUUGGAAAAUGUUCUUGUCGUGAAAGAAGCUGACACCAAGUUUAAUUUUGGUGAAAAAGGAUACCUUUCAUUUGAACAUAUAACAUGGGCUCCAUACCAGAAAAAGCUAAUGAAUCUGAAUUUGAUGACUCCUGAAGAGAUUUCCUGGGUGAAUUCCUAUCAUUCCACUUGCAAAGAAGUUCUGGCUCCGUACCUAAAUGAUCAGGAGAUGGAGUGGCUGAAGAAGGCCACAGAGCCCAUUGCCAGUCCAGCUUCAUGAACUUUGAAGAGCAGUUCCCAUUGAAAUUAUCUGAAAUUCCUCCAGCUUUAGUAGAACCAGUGUGAAAAGAACAAGUUGCUGUUGUGCUGGAAGCGCACAUUGGCUUAUGCCAUCUUUCCUCUGCUGCCUUUACUUUGUUGGGUCAUCUGCCAUGCUUUGGUUGGUGAUGAUGCCAAUUUAUUGUCGUCGGUAAUAGGUAAUAUGGUGACUUUAAUCUUUCUAUUUUAUUACAUUUUAAAACCCUUGAAGCUGAUUUCUUAAUUUUUUAUUUUUCAAUAAAUUAUGAUGUAAGGUUGGAUCUUCUCUCUCUCUCUCUCUCUCUCUCUCUCUCUCUCUCUCUCAUUUGAUACCUAUAAUCUAUGUGGACUUAUCUUUUGAUAAAAAAUUAGGUUCAUUGACUGAGUUUUAUGGUUCUGCCAUAUGUUGGAACCAAGAUUUAUUGUAUUGGAAGUCAUAUUCUGAAAUAUUAUUAUGUAUUACUACACUAAGAAAUUGUUUUAUUUAAACUUA